CGGGUAUACCUAUAGUCUUCUCAUCCUCAGUAACAGACAAACCGUCCCUGCCUCAUUCCUGUCUUCAGACGACAACAAGCUCCGUGUGAAUCGGUUGAAUCGGCGGCAGAAGACGAAGCCACCAUGCCUCAGAACGAAUACAUUGAACGGUUUCAAAAAUUGCAUGGCAAACGUCUCGACCAUGACGAGAGAGUACGAAAGAGACAAGCCAGAGAAGGACACGCACUGUCCGAAAAAGCACAAAAUCUGCGUGGUCUACGAGCCAAGCUUCACCAGAAACAACGCCAUGCCGAAAAGAUCCAGAUGAAGAAGGCCAUCAAGGCCCAGGAGGAACGAGACGUCAAAUCCGCCGCACCUAGCGAGCCGUCCUCCACGCCUCUGCCCAACUACCUGCUCGACCGGUCACAAGCGAACAAUGCAAAGGCGCUCUCCAGUGCGAUCAAGAACAAGCGAAACGAAAAGGCGGCCAAGUUCUCCGUGCCGCUCCCGAAGGUGAAGGGGAUCAGCGAGCAAGAGAUGUUCUCGGUGGUCAAGACGGGCAAGAAGACGGCCAAGAAGAGCUGGAAGAGAAUGAUCACACAGCCUACAUUCGUCGGGCCCGACUUCACAAGACGGCCUGUCAAGUACGAACGCUUCAUCAGGCCGAUGGGUCUUCGAUACAAGAAGGCGAACGUGACGCAUCCCGAGUUGGGCGUGACCGUCCAGCUCCCCAUCAUCAGUGUGAAGAAGAACCCACAGAACCCGCUGUACACGCAACUGGGAGUCUUGACCAAGGGUACCGUCGUCGAAGUCAAUGUCUCCGAACUCGGUCUUGUGACGACCGGGGGAAAAGUCGUCUGGGGUAAAUACGCCCAGGUUACGAACGACCCGAGUCGAGAUGGAUGUCUGAACGCAGUCCUCUUGGUCUGAGGUGGCAUUUACGACCUACCCUACGAAGUAGGAUCAACGAGACUAGACGACAGUGCUCCAACUCAGCAAUCACCAUCGUUGGCCCAUAGCUGUAGUGCUGUCCCUGCUGGAUGAUCACUUGGAGCUACAAUUCCUCCGCAAAAAUGGCAUGCUCUGAAUACCCCAUGGCCCUCACGGCAAUUUUGGCACUCUGCAGGACUCUCCCCUUCAAACUUAACGUCUGACCAGGUCUCUCAACUAAACUCGGGCAUCAGGUCAGCAUCAGGUCAGCAUCAUGCUCAAGCUCAAGCUCGACAUCCAAAUCGACAACGCAAGCGACGAUACUCACAAACAUUGGCCAUCUUGGCGAACACGCCAUACGUGGCUUUGAACUCAAACGGCUUCAACGCUUUCCAGAUCUGCAUCACCGUAUCUGGCGGCAAGGGAAUGUAAUUCGGAAUACUCCAGAGAAAUUGGUACGCUAUCGUAUCCUUCCGCUUGCCCGGGUCGGGGUUAUGUCCCGACGCCACAGCGAAAAUGGUAUCCGCAACAAACAGCGUUGGGAUCGGUGUAUUUGGUGGCGCGGAAUGCAGGACCAUGCUGCCGGGGAAGUGGCCGCCGCAUAUCACUGCGGUGAGACCGGGUAGGAGUUCGGUUGUCGGUUCGUUAAGGAGCUUGAGCGUUGCGGUGGGCGAGUCUCGUCGAUUGGCCCAGACUGAGUCGACUUCGGUCAUGUACACUGGACAAUUGAAUGUUGCCGACCAGUCUGCCCACGUUCUUUAUGUCCUGUGGUAUUAGCCACGCCCGUGAUGUUGAAACACGAGGUAGAGGUUUCCAGCCGCGGCAGAAAGAGGGGAGGCUGGAAAGUGACUACUACCUUGCGGCAAUUAGGGGAGGUGAUGGGCUUAAACUCACGUGUAGAAAUGAGGAUGAGAAAUGAUGAUGAAUUUCAACCCGCC